AUGUACCCGCUGGUCAUGGCCGGGGGCGCGUGCUGGACGAUGGAGCAGCGCGUCGUCAUCCAGGACCGCCUCCUCGUUAUGGAGCGCACCUGCGGCUUCGGAUACAUUUACAACGCGCGAGCACUGGUGGAGCGUGUCUGGAGGAUGCGCGAUCAGACCCAAGGCACGGGCACCAUUGUCAACUGGGCACGGAUCCGGUACGAGGAGAUGCAUGGCCUCGCCGUCUUCUAA